AGGUCUCUAGGCCAGCUGCCUGUCUGCACCAUGAUGCUGCGCUCGGGUAAGAUCACGCCCCGGUUGAAGAAGCCCUUCAGCCCUAGAGAGACCAGUGGCGAUGUGGAGGAUCUGGGACCCCCAGUUCGGAAGGCAAGCGCCCCCAGAGGGGGGAAAAGCCGGGGGAGAGGCUGGCGAGAGGAUGGCCCUACAGAGCCCGUGUCCCCGCUGACAGGAAGGGCCCUGAAGGUGCAUUUCGAACAGUGCCCAUCCAGCCCAGCAAGCAAGGUGACUUCCCUCCAUGGCCCACUCCUGGGUGUCAUCUGCUUCUCUCCCCUGGGGGCGGAGGAGCCAGAGAGACCUCGGGGGCAGAGAGGGAAGCCCGGGGCUCAGCCUACGGGUGGAGUUGUGUACUUCGGGAACCUCCCACCGGAUGAGCCAGAGGAAACCAAUAUCUUGAGCCCCUUCAUCCACAAGGCCCUGCCCCCCAGGUCCAGCCAGAAGCCCCCCAGGAAAGAAACUCCCAUCAAGACCCGCAGCACCCCUGAGAGCACGCUGGUCCUGGAGCUGGAGGGGACCUUGGUCUGCUGCUCCCUGACCUCCAGCCAGGACGCCGACUGCACCUUCCUCACAGACUUCCAGGCAGACACUUAUCGGGUUUACAUGAAGCUGCGCCCCCACGUGCAGGAGUUCCUGGAAACUCUCUCCAAAGCCUACGAGAUCUUUAUCUUCACCACUGCAGAGCAGGACUACACAGAGAAGAUCCUGGAUGUCCUGGACCCUCAGAAGAAGCUGAUCAGGCACCGCCUCUAUCAGCAGGACUGUCUCUGCCUGCAGGGUUAUUACGUGAAGGACCUUUCCAUCCUGGAGAGAGACCUGGCCAGGACAGUGGCCCUGGAUGAUUCCCUCCAAGGAUUCCCUUACCAGAUUUCCAACUGGAUCCCGAUCUCUGGUUGGCUGGGGGACCGUCAGGAUGAGGAGUUGCUACACAUCCUCCCGCUGCUGGGGAAGCUUAGCCAAGUGGGUGAUGUCCGUACCGAAAUCCGGAGGAAAUACCGUCUCUGCAGGCUACUGGCUGUAGACUGAUGUCUGCCCAGGGACUAGGUGCAGAGGGGAAAACCCUUCCCAGAAGUCUGUCCUGAUGGGCUGCUCUCAAAGGUCCCAGGCACAAAGCUUGCAGCAAUGCAAACGUUCGCUCUCCUCCUACCUACUCUCUCCUUCUUCACAUACACCCAGCUGGGAAAACUGAGCUUGGCAACCUAACGUGAGCACAGAGGGCAGCUUCCUAAAGGGGAAAUCCAAGUCUGACCCCCAGCUUUCAAGAGCUACAGUUCAGAAGUUUAGUGCCUUUGAGUAUCUCAGUUUUGGGGGGUCCAACUUGAGAACCUCUUAAAGAAGGCUGGGUUGUUUUUUACCCACCCUCUGACAAAUCAGGCCCCUUAAAUGUGUCCUAGAUGGGCACCUGGACUCAAGUUAAUUAAGAAAAAUCUUGGUGUGUAUCUUAACCCAACAAAGACUCUUCGAAAACUUCCCCUUUACUUAGUGCUCUUCAAACUAGGAGGAGACAAAGGAAGCUUCCUGCUGCAAAGCAACAACUUCCCUGCAGACCUUUGCAACCCAAGCAUUGCAGCAAGGUCCCAGUGCAUGAGAACCUGAGUGAAACAGACUAGAAACAAAAGUUGAAACUGACCAGCCUCUGAGCUGAGAGAAACACAAAUGGCUGAAGGUAAACUCCACUUAAAUUCUAUUGUCACCUUUGUAUUAAGCUGGGCUGUUUUGUAUUGGCUUUGAAAACAGUGUCCUUAAAACUGUUCUUUAAAAAACAGUUUGUUCAGCCAGAGGACUGCAUUUAAGGCUUGUUGUUCCAGAAUGGCUACAGUCUAGUAUCUGAGUAUGCUGGGCCCCAGGGCAAUGGUCGCUGGCUUGUGCAGCUCUGCCCACUGCUAAGAUUUCUCUCAUGGUGCAUUCACACCUGCUUCUUGUCUUUUUGUAGCGCGCCUCCUGAAUUCUUCCAACUCAGCACUUCCUCCCCCUGCCUUAAAACAACUCAAGGCCUCACUCUUGUCCCAGGGUGGGUCAGUGGAGAGCAAGCCAGGCUCUCCCUGUAGUCAUUCCGGGGACUGACUGAGUAUGGGUGGGUCCUGAUGGGAGAGCUGAGCUGUACCCAGGGAAGCAGAGAGGGGAAUUUGCAGCCAGCCUUGGCUUUCAGUUUUCAAUCUGUUGCAUGCCCCUGUCUUGCCAACAUGCCUCCCCCUGCCCAUGCUGGGAACUGAGCCACUUGGGUGAGCAGGCUGGCAUAGGCAACCCUGGGAGCUUGGCACUCUCUGAUCACAUAGGCUGGGUUCUGCAGUGAGCCACAGGAACUUCAAAGCCGUAACAGCAGCUAGUGCUGCGUUCAGCAAGGCCAUCCCCAGGCCGAGGAGCUGGGGUGGGUCAGUGGUCGACCAUGCAACUCAGCUGGGCCAAGUAGCUCUUUCCAGGCCAAAUGUUGGUAUUCUUCCCUCCCUGCCCCCCAGACACCUCCCUCAUGAUCAUCCAUGUGCAAGGCUGGUGUGUAACCCUUGUGCCUGGCUCUGCUGAGCCUGGGGUAGAGUUAGAGAGAUUGUGUUUUGGGUCCUCUCCCUGUUUUAAGAGCUGUGGGCUGAGAUUCCCAGCUGGACUCUUGUAAUUUUGUUUGAAAAGUUCUUUAUUUGUAACCUUGUUUGUCUAAUUAAAAAAAACCACCAUCAACUGCU